AUGACUCGUUUUCUUCCUCUCAUCGACUCGAACGAGUCUCGUAACGAACUCCUCAGCUCUUUAUCACUCCUUGGUCCCCUUAUAGUAUCCUCGUCUCAUCCAGAUAUCCCCUUCAAUUCUCAUGCUCUUCUGGAUCACAAUAAUCCAUUUUCAGUGGAUCAGAUCAUCGAAUUGCUGGACUCCGGUGUCGAUAAAGUCAUUUUACCGCUAGCUUCUGCGAAGGAGGUUAUCGGUGUCAUUCCCAAAGAGAGAUCAAUUCUUUUACUCGACGUCGCCAGUGUCAGCGCUGUUUCUGAUACGGUGCGGAACGGUGUUUCUGGAGUUUUGCUCAAAACACCGGAAAUUGACCUAGAUCUUAUCACUUCAGUCUCUCAAUUCUUCGCAAACUCUCCUAUUCAUGUUCUUCCUGACUCCUCCCACCCUCCGUCUAUACAGACUAUACGUGCCUUGUUUGCUACCGGGACAAACCUAGUCUUACCCUCUUCUCAGAUCACCCAUGCCCCAACCUCCCCGACCCAGAUCAAUGUUGCAGAUAUCUUCCUGGCCCCCAUUAGGUCCGAUCGACCGGAUGGAUUGUUCCCCACCAUUGUCUCCACUCAGACAGGACAUUCACUGGGCCUCGUCUAUUCAUCGGUGGAAUCGAUCAAAGAGAGCAUUCUUACCGGGAGAGGUACUUACCAGUCUCGGAAGCAUGGUUUAUGGCGCAAAGGGGAAACCUCUGGUGCAACUCAGACCGUUGUCAGCAUCCGGCUGGACUGCGACUCCGACAGUCUGGAGUUCAGGGUAGUUCAGCGUGGGGCUGGAUUUUGCCACCUCCCACGUCAAUCUUGUUUUGGCGAGGCCAGUGGCCUACCAGCUCUUGAGAAAACGUUGGCGUCCCGAUUUGAAUCAGCACCCGCUGGAUCAUACACCAAAAGGGUAUUUGACGAUCCGCAGUUGUUGCAAUCCAAGAUUAUGGAGGAGGCUGACGAGCUCUGUCGUGCGCUGACCAAGGAAGAGGUGGCAUUCGAAGCAGCGGACCUCUUUUACUUUGCACUGUCGAAGUGUACUGCCUUCGGUGUUGGAAUUGCCGAUAUUGAACGAUCUCUUGACAGAAAGGCGAAGAAGGUAACUCGCAGGCCGGGAAAUGCGAAAUCUCAGUGGAACCGGAAGACCUCGGGAUCCUCCCCUACUGCAUCUCCAACCACAUCCCUCUCUGCUCCCGACCUUUCUAUCCGCAUGCGCUCGUCCAACCUUUCAGAAGUUUCUCCAGAAGCGCGAGCAGCCCUCCUUCGUCGCCCCGUUCUCAAAUCUGACGAAAUGAUCGCUAAAGUCAAACCCAUCGUCUCAGAGGUACGGGUCCGAGGGGAUGCCGCUCUCUUGGAGUUAACGGCUAAGUUCGACAAGGCUAAACUCAAAUCUACGUGUAUGUUCCCUCCUUAUACGAAAGAGGGCACACAAAUACCUGAAGAUGUUAAACUGGCUAUCGACAAGGCAUACGAAAACAUCAAAAAGUUCCAUCAAGCACAGACAGAUGGGUCCACUCUACAAGUGGAAACCAUGCCAGGCGUAGUAUGUUCCAGGUUUGCUCGUCCGAUCGCUCGUGUAGGACUUUACAUCCCCGGUGGUACAGCCAUCUUGCCUUCAACAGCUUUGAUGCUUGGCAUUCCAGCCCAGGUGGCCGGGUGCAAAGAGGUCGUUCUCGCUACGCCACCACGACCGGAUGGAAGUAUCUCUCCCGAGGUGUUGUAUGUCGCGCAUCUCGUUGGUGCAUCGGCGAUACUCAAGGCUGGUGGCGCUCAAGCAGUUGCUGCUAUGGCCUACGGCACGGAGACAGUACCCAAAGUGGACAAAAUUUUUGGACCCGGCAAUCAGUGGGUCACCGCAGCGAAGAUGUUGGUGCAAAACGACACAGAUGCACUUGUCAGUAUCGACAUGCCGGCUGGGCCAAGUGAAGUAUUAGUCAUAGCUGAUUACACUGCGAAUCCCGCCUUCGUUGCCGCCGAUCUGCUGUCUCAAGCUGAACACGGCGUCGAUUCACAAGUGGUUUUGGUCGCAGUUGACUUGAUGCCAGAACAUCUCGCUAGGAUUGAGUCAGAGGUGGAUAAACAAGCCCGAGCCUUGUCGCGAGUCGACAUCUUGAGGGAAUCUAUCCCAAAGAGCAUCAUCGUCCAGGCGCUCACCAUCGAUGAUGCCAUCCAGUUUUCGAAUGAUUACGCCCCCGAGCAUCUGAUCCUACACCUUGAAAAUGCUGCCGAUAAAGUUGAGUCAAUAGAAAACGCUGGUAGCGUGUUUGUAGGGCCAUACACGCCUGAAAGCUGCGGUGACUACGCAUCUGGAACUAACCACACCUUGCCGACCAAUGGAUACGCUCGUCAGUUCAGUGGUGUCAACACGCAAUCCUUCCAAAAGUAUAUCACGUCGCAAGAAAUCACUGCGGACGGUUUGAGGCAGCUGGGCCCCAUCGUAGCCACUCUAGCUGACUGUGAAGGUCUGCAAGCACACGCCAAUGCCGUUCGGAUCAGGUUGGAAACGAAGUAG